AUGCUAUUGGGACGAAGGUUCAAGCUACAGACUGACCACCAGCCACUGGUGAAAGUCUUUGGAUCGAAGAAAAGAGUUCCCAUCCACACGGCAAAUCGGUUGAAGCGUUGGGCACUUACACUGCUUGGGUACGAUUUCGAUAUCGAGUUCGUAUCUACCAACAAUUUCGGCUAUGCGGAUGUACUAUCGAGGCUCAUCAGCAGCCACGAGCGACCAGGGGAAGAAUUUGUGGUGGCAAGUGUCAACAUCAAGCCCGAUCAGCAGUGCAUUCUGGACAGCACCAUCGAACACCUACCAGUCACAUUCGAUAUGGUGCAGAAAGCUACGUCAGCAGACCCAAUGUUGCAGCGACUCAUCCAGUACAUCAACUCCGGCUGGCCCAAGAACGGAAAAUCGAUUCAGAAUGUAGCAUUGCAGACGUUUGUCCAUCGGCGCGAAUCAUUAUACGUUGUACAAGGUUGCGUGAUGAUGAUGGAACGGUUGGUGAUUCCGGAGUGUUUCCGGAAGAAACUAUUGAAGCAGCUACAUCGAGGUCAUCCCGGAAUCGAACGAGUCAAAGCCAUCGCUCGGAGCAUUAUCUACUGGCCGAAGAUCGAUGACGACAUCACUGAGUACAUUCGAAGCUGUACCAGCUGUGCGAAUGCGAAAAAAUCUCCACCACAAGCAGAGCCACAUCCGGGGCAGACCGCAGAAGGUCCAUGGGAACGUAUUCAUGUGGACUAUGCCGGACCGAUCGACGGCUAUCUGGUCAUCGUCGAUUCUUUUUCCAAGUGGCCAGAGAUGUUCCAGACGAAAUCAACGACAGCUUCUUCGACGAUCGGGUUCCUCACUGAGAGCUUUGCCAGAUUUGGCGUACCGAAGGUAAUUGUUUCUGAUAAUGGAACCCAGUUCACUGGAUUCGAAUUUCGUUCCUUCCGCGAAAAGCUGGGCAUCAUAAAUUUCCGCACCGCACCGUUCCACCCCCAAUCGAAUGGUUAA